AUGAUUUUCCACAAUCUUGGAGACACAUUAUUGUUACUUUCUCUGAAAAAAAGAAUCAAAUCUCUAAAUUCUUUUUGUUACCUAUAUUUAUCUUCUCUAAUUGUUGAAGAAUGGAGGGAUAUUUGGUCAUCCAAAGGAGAAUUUAUUGUUGCAGCCUUAGCCUACCUUUUUGGAUUUACAAAUCUUUUAAAUAUUCCCCGGCUAAUUUUAGAUAAUGGAGGACCAGCCUUUUUAUUUGCUUAUUUAAUUAGUUUAUUACUAAUUAUUUUACCUAUUCUUUUACUUGAAUUGUCUAUUGGACAGUUAACUGGGAGAGGGCCUGUACAAACUUUUUAUAAUAUUUGUCCUGUUUUUAAAGGUGUUGGAAUCUCACAAAUUUUAUUUUCAAUUAUUUUAAUGGCAAUGAUGACUCGUUUUCUAGGAUCUGUAUUUCUUUAUAUUUUUCAUUUAUUUUGGACAAUUACUGAUGACCGUCCUGGACUUCCUUGGCUUAAUUGCAAAAACUUUCCCGAAUAUCAAUUUGGAACUUGUAUUGAAUCUUCCUCUAUUUUACCAAUAAACAAUAAUUCAACUAAUUUUUAUCAAAAUAGAUUAGCUACUUUUGAUGAAAAUUCUGCUUUUGAACAAUUUAUUGGAAUUAUUGAUGUAACAAGUGAAAGUAUUGACCAAAUAGGCAAAAUCCAAAUUAAUUGGUUAAUUGUUCAAUGUAUAAUUUGGGCUUUUGUUUUUUCUGGAAUUUGUUUUGGUGUUAGAUGGCUGGGGAAAAUUAUGAUUUUUUCAUUAUCAAUGUCACUAAUUUUGCUUUUAUCUCUUUGUGGAAGAACUUUAUUCCUUAAAGGAGCAUUUCAAUUAUUUUUUGAUUUAUUUAACGAAAUUGAAUGGUGGGAAAGAUUAAAAGAAUGGCAAUUAUGGAAAAAAGCUGUUGAACAGGCAUUUAUUGCUACAGGGCUUGGAUUUGGGGCUUUUUGUACUUUGGGGUCUUACAAUAAAAAAUCAAAUAAUUUAGUAAAAGACAGUAUUUUCCUCUUAUUUGGACAUAUUCUACUUGUAUCACUUCAAUUAAUUUUUGUUUUAUCGUUAGUUGGACAUAUCAGUGAAAAGAGUGGUCUUUUACCUAGUGAAAUUAUUGUUCAGGGAGAGAACCAAUUUAGACAAAUCCUUGUUUAUUUCUCUUUUAUUCCACACACAAAAAUAUUUACGGGAAUUCUUUUAUUUUUGGCCUCUUUUUCUCUUUUAAAUAUUCUUUUUAUUUUAUCCUUUGGUGUUCUAGCAACAAUAGAGGAUGCUUUGGGGGAAAAAUGGUCAAAAUGUUGCCCUCGUUUUACUAUUGCUUUUUUAAUUUGUUGCUUUGGAGCUGCUUCAAGUAUUAUUUUUGCUACAGAAGCAGGAAAGCAUAUUUAUGAAUUAGCUAGUGGAUAUUUAAAAUAUUCAACUCUUUUGGUUAUUCUCUUUUUUGAAUUGCUUUCUGUUGCUUGGAUUUAUUGGAUACACUCAUUGGGUUUAGAUCUUCGAACAAUGAUUGCCUCAACAGCAAGUUGGAUUAUUGGACAUUCUCUUCUAUUCUUAAAUUGUUUUUUAACACCAAUACCAAUUGCAAUCGCCAUCAUAAAUCUAAUUGGAUAUUCAUUUUCUAAAUAUUCUCCCCAAAUCAGAGCUUGGUAUUGGAGUGAAUGGUUAGGUGUUUGUAUUGCAAUAAUCCCUUUACUUCCAAUAUUGUUUUGGGCAUUACUUGUUAUUUUUAAAAGUUGUAAUUACACACCAAGAAUUUCUCUUUUUAGGCGUCUUUCAAUGGCUUUUCGCUCUCCUUUAAAACACGAAUUAAUUAAAAGUAAUGAACGUUCAUCUACUGCUGUUCAGCAUAGAUUAAUGAGUUCGGGUGGAAAUACAAACCAAAAUAACCAAUCAUCUUAUCGUGGUGCUUCUACUGGAUAUAUAUUAUUGCCACAGGCACCAUUGGCACAACCAGAAAAUGAUGAAGUUGCAGGCCAAAGUAGCGCUCGCAAUCAUGGAAUCAAUCAACAACAAACAAACAAUUCAACAGCUUCUACAUUACGCGCGGCCGACAAUACAAAUUCUCGAAACGGAAGUGGUUAUCUUAUUGACGAUUAUAUGCACCAACAACAAUCGCCUAGUGUUUAA